AAAGUGCUGGGAUUACAGGCGGAAGCCACCAUGCCCAGCUUUAAAUCUAAAUCUCUUUACGGUGAAGAGAAAUACAGAGAGGGGUAAAACGGCUAAAGGAUGUCUGUUUGGAGGCGAGGAAGGUCGCCCAGAGGUCAGGCACGCUCCCCCGCGGCGGAGACAGCUGGGCUUCUCCGAGACUCCUAGAUCCUGCCUCGCAUCUCUAAUCGGCUUAACAAUGCGAACCAGCUGGGUGACGCGCGCGCACUCUCGCGGAAGCUUGAGUCUCGGCGCCCGCCGUAGACGUCGCGACGGAGGCGGCCCGUUGCCUUGGAGCCAGCGAGACGCGGCUGGGCCUCCACCUCUGUGGAGAGGGCCAGCCGCGGGCUUUCUUCAACAUGUCGGUGCUGGAUGCGCUUUGGGAGGACCGAGAUGUCCGCUUCGACCUGUCCGCGCAGCAAAUGAAAACAAGACCCGGAGAAGUCCUUAUUGAUUGUUUGGAUUCAAUUGAAGACACCAAAGGAAAUAAUGGAGACAGAGGUAGACUCUUGGUAACAAAUUUAAGAAUUCUCUGGCACUCUUUGGCAUUACCAAGAGUCAAUGUUUCUGUCGGUUAUAAUUGCAUACUGAAUAUUACAACAAGGACUGCUAACUCUAAAUUACGAGGCCAAACUGAAGCUCUUUAUAUACUAACAAAAUGUAACAGUACUCGUUUUGAAUUUAUAUUUACAAACUUGGUUCCUGGAAGCCCUAGACUUUUUACAUCUGUGAUGGCAGUACACAGAGCAUAUGAAACUUCUAAAAUGUAUCGUGAUUUUAAAUUGAGAAGUGCACUAAUUCAGAACAAGCAAUUAAGACUGUUACCACAGGAACAUGUAUAUGAUAAAAUCAAUGGAGUAUGGAAUUUAUCCAGUGAUCAGGGCAAUUUAGGAACAUUUUUUAUUACCAAUGUGAGAAUUGUGUGGCAUGCAAAUAUGAAUGAUAGUUUUAAUGUCAGUAUACCAUAUCUGCAAAUUCGUUCAAUAAAGAUUAGAGAUUCAAAAUUUGGUUUAGCUCUUGUCAUAGAAAGCUCUCAGCAGAGUGGUGGAUAUGUUCUUGGCUUUAAAAUAGAUCCUGUGGAAAAACUACAAGAAUCAGUUAAGGAAAUCAAUUCACUUCACAAAAUCUAUUCUGCCAGUCCCAUAUUUGGAGUUGAUUAUGAGAUGGAAGAAAAGGUAAUUUCUGGGACCCUCAUCAUCCAGUCUAUCAAUGGUGUCCUCACUACCCACUCCAUUAGAGGUGUCCUUACUGUCCACUUUAUCACCAGUACCCUUGAUAGGGGCACUAGCUGUGAUGUACUUGCUGUCCCCUCUAUUGUUGGUGCCCCCACUGUCUGCUCUAUCACUGGGACAGUCACUGUCCAUUCUGCUUAUUUUGCUGAUGGCAAUAAGCAACAAGAUCGUGAACCUGUAUUUUCAGAAGAACUGGGGCUUGCAAUAGAGAAAUUGAAGGAUGGCUUCACCCUGCAGGGACUUUGGGAAGUAAUGAGUUGAUCUUGAGUUGAGAUGGAUUUCUAUUUAAACAUAUCUCAAGUUUAAAGAUACUAGUCACCUGCCAUAAGUCAUGGAAUAGUUUUUAUAUUUACAACUUUUAUAUUUAAAGCUUUUAAGAGUUUUUAAUGAUUAAGGAAAAACUCAUUUAGAAAACCUAGUUUUCUAAAAAUUAUAUUUAAAAUUGUAAUCAAAAUGUAUCUUGUUUAUAAAUGUUUAUUUUGUACUUAAUGCCUGUAAAGUCUUAGUUUUCGGAUAUUGUGACUGUAUCAUGUUGGGUUUAAUAAAGAAUUUAUGCAGCACCA